AUGCCGAACGUGAGCGAGAUCCGAGAUCCGGGGAGAGUUGAUGUACCAGAUGCGCAAGGAGAGGCGCACGAGGACGUAGGUACAGUGCAGUACGCUGGCGUUUGCUGGCUGGAGGAGCCGCCGCUAGUAGAGGUAGGGAGCUGGAGCUGUGCCUGGGCUGCACUGCAACGGAAGGCGUGUGCGUGGGUCGCCAACCAGGAACUAGGCAGGGCGCCAGAAAACCAAGGUCAGAAGGCCAAGGUUCGGGUCCAGAGCGUCGGGAUAGCGGUACCCUGGGCGGGACAGUCCGGUCUUCGGUUGAUGGGCUCAGCAGCGGACGUCAAGCGGACAAGCUGA